UGUCCGGCCUGUCCUUCGGGAUCAUCAGCGGCGUGUUCUCCGUCAUCAACAUCCUGGCAGACUCCAUGGGGCCAGGCGUCGUGGGCAUCCACGGGGACUCGCCCUACUACUUCAUCACGUCGGCCUUCCUCACCAUGGCCCUCGUCUUCCUCCACACCUUCUGGGGAGUGAUCUUCUUCGACGCCUGCGAGAAGCGGCGCUACUGGUGCCUGGGGCUGGUGGUCGCCAGUCACCUC